AAAAUUUUGUUAUAGAAAAACCGCAACGUUAAAAGAACGCGGUGGAAAAGCGAAACUUUACGCCAACAACAAGCAAAUCAACCCAGUUUCAAACCUUUUGCCACAAAGCUCGAAAUAUAAAGGGGAACAUAGCAGUGCAUCAUAAGAUAUACAUCGAUAUUACCUUUCGUUCACUUUAGUUUUUGCUGUCUUGGUUCCAUUUAUUGCAGCUUCCCCUCGUUCCUUCAUUUGUUUGGUCCAUAUAAUUCCAUAGGGUUUUACGGAUUCCUUUCUUGAUUAUCCCUUUUGUGUGUGAGCCGGCUUACAUUUGAGUUGCUUAGUAUUCUGGUUACCUAUAAAGUCAGCAAGCUUCUAUUUUGGAGUAACAACCUCUGCAAUUUUCAGGAGUGAAGGAGGAUUUAUGGUUUAGAUACCAAAGUUGAACUGAAGAUGUCUAAAGAUAAGCACAUGCUUCUUGAGCAAAAGAGUGUUGAAAAUGGCGAUACUCGCUCUGUUGAUCAAUCAAUAGAGAGUGAAAAUGACCCAAAGGGUAAUACUAGUUCUGAAACCAUUGUGAUUCAGAGUACAGAGAGGAGUACGGGCAAGAGUGACGACGUACAGAGCAAUAACGAUAAGAAGGUUGAUGACCAGGAGGAAGUACCGCCAGGUGCGUCAGCGCCAGGGGAAGUUCCAACGACCCAGUCAGCUUCCACAGCGUCUUCCAGUAAAGUUCCAAGCUCCACUACCUCGAUACAUGAAGAACUUCCAGCCGGUAGUGUCAUAGGAAGCAAUACCAACGUGGUGGCGAACAGCGCGACUGGAUCAGUCAAAGGUCCUCCAAUUCUGAGAAAGAAAACAGACGUUAAUAAUCCAACCUUUUCGAGAAGCUCAGUAUCUGAAAAGACAGGGAAGAUCUCAGGUACUACAAAAUCAAUGAUUGUUGAAACUGAAACUGUGGAUUCUUCCAAUAUCCCAUCAGUUACUCUUCCAAUCGCUGCUUCAACAAUCGGAAGUCAGAACAGUGAUCUCAUUAAUGGCUCCUCAAAUUCUACAAAUCUGUCGUCGUUGAGAAGUAAGAGAAGUGCUUUAUUUGUUGAUCAGAACCCGCAGCUAACUGUACAACAAACGAGCAAUGCAGCACUCGAUAACGACAAUGUUAGUAUCACUGGCUCGAUAAGGAAUAGAACGAAACACUUGAACCCAACUGAAAACCAUGGGAAUAUUACAAAGGCUGGUGCUACUAAGGCAGAUUUAUUUGCUGCUAAGAUUGCUAAUGCUGUGGGCGAUGCUUCAGAUUCUGAUUCGGAAGAAACUUUUGUGUAUGAAAGUACCCCGGAUGCGGUGAGUACUUUACCUGCUGUUAAGAGUAUAACGUCUACUGGAUCUGUCAAUGCUAAAGCAAUGAGAAAUCAAAGGAAUCUAAGUAUGCCAAUGUCCAGUACUCAUAUCUCUUCACCUUUGAAUACACCUUUGGCCAUAACGUCAAAUGAUGCAGCGAAGGAGAGGUUGUUAUCAACUUUCCCCUCUGAAGAUGAAACUGAAACUGUGAAGACCCCACCACAUGAACAGCAUACUGUGGAUAAAACUUCUAUUGAUAAUACAUGGGAUAAGGAUGAGGGAAGUCUACAAAAUCAAUCAGAAGAAAAAGUACAAGGACAGGACGAAAAGUCUCAGCAACAGUGCCAUGAACAGGGACAACAAGAACAACAACCAAUUGAAUCCUCUCAAAAUGAAGAAGAUUCUCAUAAUGUUGUAAAGCUCCCAGUUACAAAUCAACAACAACUAGGAGUUAAAUUACCUGAUGAUAAAUCAAGAAGUACAAGCACAACGAGCUUUUCAGGUUACAAAACCAAUUUUCACACUGCUACAAACAACAACAACAACAACAACAACAACAACAACAACACUAAUAAUAACACUAAUAAUAAUUCCCAUAAAGAGAGCCAACUCAGAACAACAACAUCUAAGUUGUUUGAUAUCAAGGGAAGCACUCUGAGAAGGUAUUCUGGUGUGCCUGAUGAUGUGAAUAUUGAGGAUUAUAUUGAUAGGUACGAUGAAGAACAGGAAAUCGGAAGUCCGGGUGGGUAUCCUGAUUUUUACGAUUAUGACGAGUAUGAAGACGAGGAUGAAUUGACACCUUUGAACGUGAGCAGAGCCAACAAUAAUUUGAGAAACAAGGCUUCAAGGCACUAUCUACCAAAAAAGUCACUAAACUAUGGGGCAGUUGGUGCUAAUAGUGCUGAUAACAAUGGAUACAUUGAUGCACUUGCUAAAGAUGACCCUAAUGGAAGAGGCUUACGUGGAAAGAAAUCCAAGCUGAGGUCAAACUACCAAUAUUUGCAACAAGAACAGAAUUCUCCACAUGACUUCUUCAACAGCAGGAAACAUUCCAAACUACAGAUGAUCAAAAAUACGAUGUAUGUCUUUAUGUUCGUCUUUGGUCUUCUUGCAUUUGGGUUCAUUGCGGGAUUCUUUUUGGCAACUACCAAAGACCUCCAGGAUGUAGCAAUCACUACGGUGGAUGACAUUCUUGUAUCAAACGAUGAGUUGGUUUUUGAUAUGAGUGUCCAAGCUUUCAACCCUGGGUUCGUUACUAUUGAGGUCUCGGAUUUAGAAUUAGAUAUAUUUGCCAAAUCCGCAUUUGUUGAUAAAUUCCCUCAGAGAAUACCAAUAUUUGAUCAAUCGCAGUCAGAAUCACAAACUGUUUUGUUGGGAACUGCAAGUAAGUUUGAAAUACCAUUGGAAUUCGCCAGUGGAUUGUUUAGCAGGGAACGUGUAAUCGCAAAGAGUGCCAUAAAAUUGUUAAACCCAGGUCGAAAUAGCACAGGGCUAGACUCGGACAAGGAUGAUAAUCACAAGGUGGAGGAUGAUUCUGAUAAAUGGAAAGAAAUUAUUGAACAUCCAUUUGAGUUGAUCAUAAGAGGAAGUUUGAAGUAUGAAAUCCCACUAUUUGGUACCCCAAGGUCGAUUCCAGUGACAAAAUCUGUGGCAGUUGACCCAGAUGCUGACGACCAGAUCCUAAGAAAGAUGCUUGAAAAGAGCGAUGUUAAGGAACACAUAUUUGGCUAAAGUGAUUACAGUAUAUAUACAAAAUAAAUAAUCAAAUGUGCUACCCCCUAGU